GGCCUUUACCCCUCCAUAACUCGUCACUGCUAAAAAAAAAUUAGCCGCUUCGAUUUCCCUCAAUCAGCCCGAGAUAUAGUCGACAGCAGCUCCUCCCGACUCUAAUCUGCUUCAUUACGACAUCUUUGGCUUAGUCCACUCGACUCUCCAUGCAUAUUCUCAUCACCAACGAUGAUGGCCCGCCAUCGUCCCAUUCGUCGCCCUAUGUUCACUGUCUAGUUGAGCAUCUAAAGGCCGCCGGCCACAUAGUCUCUGUGUGUUUGCCACACACACAGAGGUCUUGGAUUGGAAAGGCACAUAUUAUUGGACAAACAUUGAAGCCGGUCUAUUAUCGACCAUCAGCAUCAUUGCACGGCGAGGGUGAUCAAGGAACCACGCAUACCCAGCCAAAAGCUAACGGCGAUGGCGAUGAAUGGGUCUUGAUUGAUGGGACACCUGCUUCGUGCACGCAAAUUGGGCUGAAUCACUUGUUCAAGGAUAAGGGCCCUGUUGAUUUAGUUGUCAGCGGACCCAACUAUGGCCGAAAUACGACUGCUGUAUUUGCGCUCAGCUCGGGCACUAUGGGAGCUGCUCUUGAGGGCGCCGCCUUGCGAAAGAAGUCGAUUGCUCUCAGCUUCGCUUUCUUCACCAGAAAUCAUGAUCCUGUGAUUAUUGAAGCUGCUUGCAAGCACAGUGUCAGAGUUAUUGAAGCUCUUUACAAACAAUGGCCAUCAGAUAAUAGCGCUGAUCUUUAUAGUGUUAACGUCCCCCUUGUGGAAGGCGUGGAGACACACAAAACUAUCUUCACUGAGAUACUUCAGAACUACUGGACAGAUGGUGGUUGUUUCACCGAAGUCGAAGAUGGCGCUCCUGACAGUGUCGAUGCUGAAGAGCAACUGCGACAAGAACAGGAGGGAGGCGCCCCGGCUGCAGGCUAUAAACGCAAGUGUUACAAAUGGGCUCCAAAGUUCACCGAUGUUUACAAGAGUGUUGAGGAUGGCGGACCGGGUAGCGAUGGCUGGGUUGUCCAGGAGGGUAACACGAGUGUAACACCGUUAAAGGCCAACUUCGCCAUGAGCCGAACUGAUAAGCUUCAAAAAGAGCUGGAACUCGAAGAUGUAAACGAAAAUGCGCUACCUCGUGAGAAAGAGACGUCCAACCAAGAAGAACCUCAACUUAGGGCGCUUAUUGCGUACGAAGACGAAUAUGUCCAGCCGCUAAUCUUAAAUGCAUUCGAAUCUCUCUUGCCGAAAGACUUAGUCCAAAUAACAUCAACAUUAGAGUCUGAGAACGGUGAAGUUUCUGCUGAGAAGUGGCUGGCGUCAGCUAACUGUCGAGCUUUGCAAAUCACGCCGUACGAAACCAUUGAUUUCGAAUAUGCAACGUCUCAUGAUGAGUCCUACUUGAUCAACAGUUAUAUGAUCCGCAAAGCGCUCAUCCGAAAACACUACAUUUCGACGACGAUGGACCACUGGGUCGCCAAGAACCCAACCUCAGUCCUUAAAAGGCAUAUGAAGAGAAGCGAUGCUUUUGAGGUCGACUAUGCAGAGUUUUUAGAUGAUGCUCUGAUAGAGGCAUUUGACUUGCGAGAAAGCCUUGACAGAAACGAAGCGGUUGAAAACGAGCGGGACAAAGAAUGGUGGAUUUUGAAGCCUGGAAUGAGUGAUCGAGGUCAAGGGAUUCGCCUAUUCAGUACCAUGGAUCAAUUGCAAGAAAUCUUCGAUACAUGGGAGGCUGAGCGUCCGGAUAGCGAUGAAGAAGAUGAGAUUGAGGAUGCUGAUAGAGAUACUACUGGCGACGAAGCUGGUGACUACAUCACAGCAUCUCACCUUCGACAUUUCGUCGCCCAACCAUACAUUCACCCGCCAUUGGUGAUGGGGGAAGGUGGCCACAAAUUUCACAUCAGAACCUACGUACUAUGUGUUGGAAGUCUUCAAGUAUACGUUUACAAACAUAUGCUGGCACUCUUUGCCGCGAAACCAUAUUCUCCUCCGUGGGAGUCGCCCGAUGACCUCGAAACCUUUCUCACGAAUACUUGCAUCCAGGAAUCUCCGAAUGACAACACUGUACAACGCUUCUGGAACCUGCCUUUGCCGAAGGAAAGGCUUGAUGCCAUUUUUGAGCAGAUUUGCGGUGUUACUGGCGAGAUUUUCGAAGCUGCUGCUCGCGCGAUGCCAAUUCACUUCCAAACAAUGCCCAAUGCUUUUGAGGUUUUCGGGUUGGACUAUUUAGUUGACGCCGAUGGAACUGCAUGGCUUCUCGAAAUCAACGCAUUUCCUGAUUUCAAACAGACGGGAGGAGAUCUGCAAGAAAUCGUCCAGGGCUUUUGGAAAGGAGUUGUCAGGGAAGCCGUAGUGCCAUUUUUUGGCAUUAACCAGGCAGCCCUGUUGUCUACAGACGGAUCUGAUGAUAUGGUCCCAGUUCGAAAGGUUGAUCUUGGUAGAAGAUGAAAACAACUAAUCCAAGCUUGUUCAGAAUGAUGAUGUCAAUUGAUUCUGCCACAAGUGUGUCCAAGAGGCCUCCCGAGCUUGGCAUCUACGCCGCUGCUUGGCGAAGUGUUGCCAACGCAAACAAAUCGUGUCGGGGACUGAAAGCCUGGUAACUUGAACGGAUUCAUGUCUGUCUCAAUGAAAUAACCUAUGUCUUUGUGGAAAUUAUCACCCCCACACUCCUGUGAUGUCAGGUGUAAUUAACACCGGUCUAUGGGAACGGAUUAUCCCCGACGUGCUUCGCGAACCGAGGACCGAAGAGAGCAAACUAGCUGGUAUUGACACACCCAGUUUGUGAUCGAGGCUGUGCAAGACGGAUCCAUGUUUGAAUUUAGCCGCUAAACGGAUAUUCGCCUCUGGUGGGCUUUGCCAAAAGGAUCUCAGGCACUUUUGAGCCAACUGAGUCCGCUGAUGCCACACCACAGGGAGAUGGCUGAAUGAUUUCCCACAGAUUAUAUGAACUUGGCAUUAUUGAACAUAGUACCUACAUAUAUAUAUAUGCCUAGACAUGCAAUUGAUCAAUUAAACAUGAUAUAGUGCAGUCGCCCACUAUACUUGACUCAGGCCCAACGAGAAUGCUUCUGCGUAGAGAGAACAUUGACGAACAAGGCUCCCUGGCUAAAAGCCGCCCCACUAAAUAAGCAUGGCCCUGACUGAGCGUGACGAACUUUUGAUAACCGCUCCCAAAUACAUGGGCAUGCAUUGCUAAAGCCGACAUGAGGAUGCGUUAUUUAUUUAUUCAUUCGCUAACGCUCUCAAGCUCCGACCGUGCGCUAAGUGCUUUACUCAGUAAAACAGGCUCAGCGGUAGGUGGAGGCAUUGAGGCUGUGCAGAGCCGCAUUAGGCAAGAGGUUUUGGAACAUCAAGUGCAAGAUCGCGGAGCGGGGAACCAAGUCGGGAGGCUUAAGCAUUUUGUUUGCUAGUGUUUUGCUUUGUAAUAUCUGUAAUUUUGGAUGAUUUCUUGUAUCAAACUCUCUCUCGACGCGGCAAGCUCUCUGAAAAUACGGCGCUGUGACCUGUAUAGUUCAGCAUGUACCCUGUAGCAUCAUACUCUGGCUCAAUUUCACUUUUGAGCAAGUUAUACUUUGAUCAUGGAACUGUAAAAAUCCACCAUAAUUUCGCACGAAUCAAAGUAGAGGUAAUGCACCUCGAUUUACUACGGUCGAACAAAAAUUGUUGGGUGGUGCUAUCUGACGAUCCCGUGAGUGAGAUCGUUGAGCGAGACUGAACUUCCUUCACAAACGGAUAAAUAUUGGUCAUAAAUAUUGACAGCUUAUUGUAGUCGGUGCCUUUGUAAAACACCAACCCCUCAUUGAGGCAGUGCAGCAUCCUUCACAUGUCGCCUUCACUAAGACCGUGUUGCGGCAUACCGUGCCGUGUACUGCGGGCGUCCGGUGAACUAAGCGAAGUGAUAAUUACGAAGAUGACAUAAUGCCACCGCACCCAAUAGUGCUAAAAUAGGUAAAACUUGGGCUCUCAUUAACGAGGCUGUGUAUGCAUUUAUGAAGCUCGCCUGGUAAUGUAGCAUGGAUCUGGAACAUAUGCGUCUGACACUAUGGUUGAUGUCUGCAGAGGCCGGCUGUAAUCAGACAUGUGCGUUUGUCGAUAUCAAAGGAUUUUUCUUAUGAACCAAGCUUUCAGCGUAGUCAAGGGGUGUAUAUACGCCAUCAUCUCCGUUAGAUACUGUCAGGAAUCGAUGACGAUCACGGCGGCCAAGAGUAUUUGUGUUACAAAGAAGGCUAGCGACGGGCAACACACACACGUGUGCAGGUGUACAGCCUCAUUCAACGGACCAGAUACUCGGUUGUAAUCGUAUAUGGAAUCAAUACGAUGUUCUUGCGGUGGCCAAAUGCCCACUUGAGCUCGAGAUGAUGGCGUCACCUACCCGGCUGUGUCUCGUGUAGUGAGGAAGGUUUCGCCGUGUCAACCAUCGCACGCAGUAAUUAGGUUACCUUUAGCCAAAAGACUUUAGAAUGCCAUCAAGGCAGAUCAGAGAUGGAAAGAAGCGUCGUUUUUGCCAUGGUGACGAAAGCAAUGGCGGCUGUGCGAACUGGAGGCCGCCGUGGCGACUUCGUCGGCGGACAGACGUAGCUUUACGAAUCGAUGUGAUGCGAUGAUUUGGAACCUCGGACUAUGAUGAGUAGAAAAUGCAGUCCUUCCAAGAAGAGUUCUUUGAUCGGCGCCCGGAAAUUGGCGCAUAUACUUCUGAGAUGAGAUCAAUUCUGUGAAUAGUGUGCCAUGGCGGAGGUACCGCAGAGGACGUGUAAAACAAUUACUGUGGUUUGUCGACGAAGCAACGGCGCCCGCCGACGGGCCCGCAGGGGUGCUUUUUGCCUAAAACAGAGAGCCCACUCGCUAAACUGAGCAUGAAAUUCGAAAGAAAAAGAAAAAUGAAAAAGAAAGGAAAAUUCUAUUAAAGCGCCACAUGCUUGGGCCAAGACCUUCAGCGCUUGGCUUCACCCAAGCCUCCCUAUAGCGAAUGUCUGAGCUGGGCAGGGUUUUGUGCGUGACGGAAUUUUCUUUUCAUUAAUUUUAGUGAAACCAAAAGCUUAAUUCAGAAUUUAUCUAUUAGCCUCACAGGCUCCCUAGGUGGCCGCCGCGCGAGUCAUAAGAGUAGUGAAGCUCAAAUUAUAUCACAACCAAACCGAAACAUGGCUGAUUAGGGGACUGUUACUCUACUAUACGCGGGUGUAACCUGGACAUCAGCAGCGGAUCGACACCAGCCAUCGGCACGACAAUUCGAUGGCAAAGUACAGUUGACUGAGGUUGUUAUUGUUUGUCAGGGUGUAAAAUUAAGUGUUUCUUGCUCGGGGCUGCGUAAAGUUCAUGCUUGUCCUUUAUGCUUUAGAGAUGACGCCUACGGGCUCAUUGGGCGUGAACAAAGAAGAGAUGAAAUCCAAGAAAAUCAAAAGAAAACCAAACGCCACCAUGACUAGCUGUCGGCACGCGAUACUCCUUCUUCCCGCUGCAUGCCCGCGGGCUGGAUGCAGGCGUCUUUCGCUUGAUGCAAGCCAACCUACUGCUGCA